CCGUGCGUGCUAUGCGUGAGCGUGCGCGGGCGCGUCGGCCGGCGAGGGAGCAGCAAACGGCCGGCGGCGGGCGCCGCGCGGGGGGCGGGCGACGCGGAGGCGGCGGUGGCCAUGGCCGAGGCAUCGCCGCAGCCCGGACGGUACUUCUGCCACUGCUGUUCGGUGGAGAUCGUGCCUCGCCUGCCGGAUUACAUCUGCCCAAGGUGCGAGUCUGGCUUCAUUGAGGAGCUUCCAGAAGAGACCAGGAACACAGAAAAUGGCUCUGCCCCCUCCACAGCCUCCACCGACCAGAACCGGCAGCCAUUUGAGAGUGUGGACCAGCACCUGUUCACGCUGCCGCAGGGGUACAGCCAGUUUGCUUUCGGCAUCUUCGACGAUAGCUUUGAGAUUCCCACGUUUCCUCCUGGGGCACAGGCCGAUGAUGGCAGGGACCCCGAGAGCCGACGGGAGAGAGAGCACCAGUCUCGACAUCGGUACGGAGCCCGGCAGCCCCGGGCUCGCCUUACUGCCCGGCGGGCCACUGGCCGGCAUGAAGGUGUCCCCACGCUGGAAGGGAUCAUCCAGCAACUUGUGAAUGGUAUCAUCUCCCCGGCCGCUGUACCCAGCCUGGGCCUUGGUCCCUGGGGCGUCCUGCACUCGAACCCAAUGGACUACGCCUGGGGGGCCAACGGCCUGGACACCAUCAUCACACAGCUCCUCAAUCAAUUUGAGAACACAGGCCCCCCACCCGCAGACAAGGAGAAGAUUCAGGCCCUCCCCACAGUCCCCGUCACAGAGGAACACGUGGGCUCAGGGCUGGAGUGCCCCGUGUGCAAAGACGACUACGCACUGGGCGAGGUCGUGCGGCAGUUGCCCUGCAACCACCUGUUCCAUGACAGCUGCAUUGUGCCCUGGCUAGAGCAGCAUGACAGCUGCCCAGUCUGCCGCAAGAGCCUCACUGGACAGAACACGGCCACCAAUCCCCCAGGCCUGACUGGGGUGGGCUUCUCGUCAUCCUCGUCCUCAUCCUCGUCCAGCUCGCCCAGCAACGAGAACGCCACAAGCAACUCCUGAGUCCCACCUGGCCACCCACUCCCGGGGCUCAGUCAUCCCACCCGCCCCAGGUGCCCUAGCACCGCCAUGACCAUGGACUAGAGGUGCUGUCCCGUGGUGGCCAGCAGCACCUGGCGGGCCCCAGGCUGCGACAGGCGUGGACUUGGCUGUGGCCGCUCCUGUUUGGAGGCACGCACCUGUGCCCCAUGUCCCCAGCAGGCGCCUUCAGUCCGUCUUUAACCUCACCCUCCAAAUGUUCAACGGCAGAAGGGUUUUUAUGAUUUUAAAUUAUUACUGCUUUGAAAUAAAUGGACAUUUGAGCCACGUG